CCCUACCACCGCGGCGGGCGUUGCGCUGGGACUGGACGUCUCGGGGUUUGGCUGGUCCGGCAGUGCUCAGAGGACCGGGCGCGGCCAUGUACCGGCUUCUGAGCCAUAGCGUCGGCCGAGACCUUCUGCGGGCCGCGGGGCGGCGGUGCCGGGUCUGUCCGGCAUACUUGCUCCCGGUGCGGGCCCGGGGCAGGGCACCUGAGGUGGAGGUGCGGCCAUUCCGAGUCGCGCGGCAGGGCUGGGGCUCCGGCCUGCUGCCGCUGCUGGCAGCCCUCGCGUGGUUCUCGAGGCCCGGAGCGGAGGAGGAGAAGGAGCAGCCGGGAGCGGCCACCGAGGGUGCGGCAGACGAGGCCGAGGCGGAGAUUAUCCUGCUGCUGAAGCGGGCCAAGUUGAGCAUCAUGAAAGAUGAGCCAGAAGAGGCUGAGCUAAUUUUGCAUGACGCACUUCGUCUUGCCUAUCAGAGUGAUAACAAGAAGGCCAUCACUUACACUUAUGACUUGAUGGCCAACUUAGCAUUUAUACGGGGUCAGCUUGAAAAUGCGGAAAAACUUUUUAAAGCAACAAUGAGUUACCUGCUUGGAGGGGGCAUGCAACAGGAAGACAAUGCAAUCGUUGAAAUCUCUCUAAAGUUGGCUAGUAUCUAUGCUGCUCAGAAUAGACACGAAUUUGCUCUUGCUGGCUAUGAAUUCUGCAUUUCAACUCUAGAGGAAAAAAUUGAAAGAGAAAAGGAAAUGGCAGAAGACGUUCUGUCAGUGGAUGAGAAAGCCAAUACCCACCUCCUCCUUGGCAUGUGCUUAGAUGCUUAUGCUCGCUACCUUCUGUUGUCCAAGUAUCCGUCACAGGCACAAAAGAUGUAUGAAAAAGCUUUGCAUAUUUCUGAAGAAAUACUAGGAGAAACACACCCACAGACCAUUGUGCUGAUGAGUGACUUGGCUACCAGCCUGGAUGCACAAGGCCACUUGGAUGAGGCCUGUUUUUACGUACAGAGGGCAUCAGAUCUGGCAAGACAAACAGAACAUCCUGAGCUACACAUGGUGCUCAGUAAUCUGGCUGCGAUUCUGAUGCACACAGCUCAAGACUACCAAGCUCUAACUGGAGCCAGAGAUGAUAAUGGAACAGAUAGAAGACUGCGGGUAACAUAAUCCAGUCACGUGGAUCCAUUCAUCACUCAAACAUGAGAACAUGUGUGAAGCUACCAUUUAAGAAAGAUGAAUAAGGUGACAUAAAAAUGUGUAAUUACAUUUAACAUCAUUACUCUUCAAAAAUUUUCUUCCUCAUUUCGUUGAAAGGUAUCAACGUCUAUUUGAUUGCUUAUGAAUAUAUCUAAUAAAUAAAUAACACAUUGAAAGAAACACACUAACAAUUUGGGGGUGAAACAGACCUUGGUUUAAGGCUGGGCUUGCUCUCUUACUUUAUUUGACCACGGGCAGAUCAUGUGUUCACCUCUCAGAGCAUCGGGAGAGGGUGUUCCACACCAAGAAAACAGCAUGAAUAUGGACUGAAAGGAAUUCAGGGAACAACAGGCAACUUGAUAUGGAUGAGAAUAAAGUAAAAGGGAAAAGUGGCAGAAAAUGAGAUGAGCAGUAUAAGCCUGUUCCUAACUCAAAUGCCAUGCUAAUGACUUAGUGCUUGAUUCUCAGAGUUUUAGACAAAUCACUCUGGUGGAAGAGGACUGGAAAGGGGCCAAAUCAAAGAUGUCUAUGUCUAAUCCACAUGGAAAUUCUAAUAAUUCAUAGGGUUGGGUUAGGGAUAGAAAGAGGUAAGAAAAAUUAUGUAAUGUGGCUCUGCACAGGUAGUCAUCAUUAACUUCCCUUCCAUACACAGUCCACAAUAUUUGGUACAUGGUAAGCACUCAAAUGGUGGCUGAAUUCAGAGGGGGACCCCAUGGCAAAAAGUGUU